GAGGCACUGAGGUGGAGUGAUUGGUUAAAAAAGGGACAGAAUUUAGGAUCCUUUAUUUUUAUUGUUAGAGUUGCUGAACAAGCACAGAUCUGUUCCUAAACUCAGAAAUGAUUACUGUAAAAAUGCAGGAUUUUGGGAGAUGGUCAUCAGAAAAUCUCAACAUUUAUACCUCAGAUUGUGCUGAUUUUUAGUUUUUCUUUAAAUGAGAAUUUUUAAAUGGGAAUAAAGAGCCUGCAUUUCGACUAUAGACAGGUGUAAAGUAUUCUCUGGUGUGUGAGAAAAGAUUUUGAACACAAAAUUGGCUUUAAAAAAAGCCUUGUAACAAAGCUGUAUUCUUGCACAUUGCAGGUUUUCUCACAACCUUGCAGCUAUGGAGAUUUCUUUAAUGUACUGGACCAAAUAAAGUCUUUUAACUUGCCAAACAGAUGCACAUGCUGCUGGGGUACUGAUCUCCUGACAUUACAUGGAUUAACAUCAGAGGUUUUUUUUCUGGUGGUAUGAAACAUUUACUUAAAAUGGAGGAUCAUUUCAGCUGUAAGAAAAGUGUUUUUAUAAAAAAAAUUAAUCAGACACAAUCUCAUACUUAUCUCAAAAUUAUUUUCACUCAACUACAUCCUUUUUCUAACGAGUUACUUUCUCACAAUUGUGAUACAUCGUGAGUCAGAAUUGAAUAUUUUCUCUUACAUGCUGCAAACCAGCUUCCACAUGUAGCAGCUUUGUAUUAAAAGCACCUCAGAUGUGCGAAAUAAACACAACCAAAUUGUCUAUGCCCCGUUGUAAUUCUCUUUAUUUCUGUCUUUUUUUUUUUUACACAAAACAAGUGAUUCCAAAAAACCUGGAGUACUCAAGAAACAUUUUCUCUUUAGUUUUCUUUCACUGAAACGUCCCACACGAAGCUCUGGGUUUCAGUGCUGCGUUGAUUCAGCAUCAUGCUCUUCUGUAAUGUAACAUAAUUCAACAAAAUGGAACAAAAUUUCAACUUUGACUAUUUACAGAGACAUACAAAGUCCAGUUUCUCAUUUCUGAAUGAUGUUAAAGAUGUCCAGUGUUAUUGUAAAGUUCUGAUCAUGUAGCAUCCAUACAAUUUAAUAAAAUGUGAUUUUUCAUCUCUCUAUGCAAAUGAUCUAGAUUUCUCUUACAAGUCAUGUUUCUAUCAUUCUGGUUUUUAAAUCAGCCCUGUUCCCAGCAAAAGCAUGACUGUUCAACUCUAGUCAUUUAUUUCAAAAGGAAAAUAAUAAUGCAUAGUUUCAGUAGAAAAGGCAGGAAAGGGGAAAGGGCUAGAUAGUUUUUUACCAGAGGGUUUUAAACAUGACGACUCUACAUAAAUAUCUGAAAUGAGCACAGUUUCCCUCAUGUGGUUUCACUACUGACGGAUUGGGAUCUGAUACAGCAAAGGCCAUCGUGUUCGCGAAACAAACCAUCAACUUCAUCUUGAAAGUUGGGAUUUUUACUGGGAAUUUUAUCCCAAUAAAUGUAAACAAACAAAAAAAAUGCUCACAAAAUCCCUCAGAUAAAUCCUGCAGUUCCAAAAGUGCAAGUUUUAUUUAGAAAAAAGAUCAUUAACCCACGUCCCUGUGAGUUAUUUAAGCUGAAGCUGCGCUCUCUACAAGCGUUAAGUUCUUCCUGUAACAGUCCAGACUGCAGAGUGGAGUUCCUGUCUUAGAGCAUGAAUACUUCUUCAGGUUUGAGCAGCCGGCAACACCGCAGCUCGCUGGGGCAGGAGGUUUUGGGCGUGAAGGGGCAGAUGCCGGAGCAGUCACUCCGACAGGGAAACAUGAACUACUCUAGGUUUUUGACAGCUGUGAGUUUGGCACGGAGGCCAUCCCCUAUCCGCAUCCUGACGGAGCUGCAGCAGCGUUCCCCUCCGAGCCUGAUCUCGCUUGCCGGUGGAGCGCCGAACCCCAACACCUUUCCCUUUCAAUCUGCCACUUUUCAGAUGAAGACUGGAGAUACGCUUGAGUUUGACCAGACAAUGAUGAAGAGGGCUUUGCAGUAUUCUGGCUCUUCUGGCAUUCCAGAGCUGGUUGCAUGGAUGAAGGAGCUGCAGAAAAGUCUGCACAAUCCUCCCACAGCGAACUACAGCCCAGAGAGAGGACAGAUGGAGAUGUGUGUCACCACCGGCAGUCAGGAGGGACUCUGCAAAGUCUUUGAGAUGCUCAUCAACCCUGGUGAUAACGUCCUUCUUGAUGCUCCAACGUACUCAGGAACUUUGGCAGCGGUCCAGCCACUGGGAUGUAACAUCAUAAACGUGCCCAGUGAUCAGUAUGGAAUGAUCCCAGAGGGUCUUAGAGAUGUUCUGGCCAGAUGGGAUCCUGCAGAUGCACAGAAACCUGGCAGCAGUGUCCCCCGGGUCCUCUACACUAUCCCUAAUGGGGGAAAUCCCACAGGCGCUUCCAUGACUGCUGAAAGGAAACAGAAAGUCUAUGAGCUGGCACAGAAAUAUAACUUCCUUAUCAUCGAGGAUGACCCGUACUACUACCUCCAGUUUCAAAAGCCAUGGGCUCCUACGUUUCUCUCUAUGGAUGUUGAUGGACGAGUAAUAAGAACUGACUCUUUUUCCAAGAUCCUGUCAUCAGGAUUGAGGAUAGGUUUCGUCACAGGGCCGAAACCAUUAGUGGACUGUGUGGUACUUCACAUCCAAUCCAGUACGAUGCACACCAGCACCUUCACACAGCUCAUGGUAUCUCAGCUCCUGCAUGCUUGGGGACAGGACGGCUUUCUGAAGCACAUAGAUGGUGUUGUGGAGUUUUACAGAGCUCAGAGGAACGCCAUGCUCUCCUCUGCAGACAAAUGGCUCAAAGACGUAGCGGAGUGGCACACACCAACAGCCGGCAUGUUCCUGUGGAUUAAACUGAAGGGCAUUAAAGACACACAGAAGCUCAUAAUGAAAAAAGCACUGGAGAAAGAGGUGCUGCUUGUGCCUGGAGGAGUGUUUAAUAUUGACAGCUCAGAGCCAUGUCCUUAUGUGAGAGCUGCGUUCUCUCUGUCCACUCCACAGCAGAUUGAUGAGGCUUUCAAGAGGCUCUCAGCACUUAUAAAGGAGGCUUUGUGAAAAUGUACCUCUUGAUUAAGAUUAAUUAUGUUCUCCAUUUGGUGAAAUCUUUUGCGCAUACACACACACACACACACACACACACUAAACAUUAACAUCAAUGCUGCUGAGGGACAAAUUUCUGAUUACUUUGUCCUACUUUAUCUGUUUAAAUUAAACUCUCUUCUUGAACAUUUAUUUAAAUUAAAUUUAAGUUUCACUUUACUUGAACAGAGAUUCUCAGACAAACCCAGGAGUAAUGAAGAAUGCAUUUUAUUUAUUACACACUGGAAUAUCAUAUGAUUCGUUAAUAGCUUUACAAUUGAUUUUAAUACAAACUGUAAAUAAUUCACAUGAAAUGUAAACAUGAAUUAUGUAAAAUAUCUCACUUGUGUAAUAAAUUCACCUUCUAUACAAUACAUCUCUCGUCUUAAAUACAUAUGAGACAAAGCUGUAUUUACAAUAAAUGCUUUCAUUUCC